CAAAGACAGUCGGCCAUUACGUCGGCCAUAGCGGUGAGGUCGGUGUCUACUGUCGUAACUUAACUACGGAAGCUGUACACGGCCUGCUGUUCUUACUUAGUGUGUACCCUGUAAAAAUAAUCUGUUAACUUUAGGCUAUUACACCUCAAAACUCAAGUUUGGCCAUUUGUUGAGCUGUCAUAUUUGGAUUGUUGUGAUAUUUUGAAGAUAGGCCUACCAUACGAGAUGCUGAGGAUAGUGGGCAAAACAUCACCACAUUCUGGCAAAAUCUGAACGAAUGGCAAAUUACACUGACCUGAGAACAGUGAUGGAGGAAUCAGAUCCUUUACCUCAGUAAAAGUAGCAUUACCAGAGAGUACACUGCACUGGAAUGCAUGACAAAAAAAACCUUGAACCUUAAAAAAUACUCCACUACCAUGGCCAGAUCAACCCACUACAGGCCUGGGCAAACUGCAGCCCCCCAACUACCCACCUCAGUAACCUACUAUUACUUCUAAGGCCAAGAGUUAGCUUAUCAUUAGCUGAGUACAUUAUUUUGUGUGGUCUAUUCAGGACCGAAACAGCCGCUGGGUUGGAGCCAGUCCUGGAUGCUACUAUGUCAGAGUUUAGGAAAAUUAAGCAACUCUGUCCUGCUCUUGGAUUUGGGAAUUCACUGUAAAAUUAUUACAGUGACUGAAGUGUCAGUCAAGGCUGGUGGCUCCAUCUCUAUCCCAUGUUUCUAUGAGCAGCAGUACGUAAACCAUGUGAAAUACUUGUGUAAAGGAUAUCAUUGGUCCUCCUGCUCAUAUGAAGUUAAAACAAACAAGCCAGAUAAUUCAGGAAAGUUUUCAAUUUCUGAUGACACAAACCAAACAAUCUUCACUGUGACUAUUAAUAAUCUGACGGAUGUGGACACUUAUUACUGGUGUGCUGUGGAGAUUAAAUAUAAGAAGGAUAUCGGACGACGUUUUCAGCUGUCAGUCACGACAGGUAUGCCGAGUCUGUACGUGGACCAACAGGAAAUCAUAGCAUUUGAAGGAGGAAGUGUGACUGUUAAGUGCCGCUAUAAAUAUCCAAAAGUAACACAGUGGUGCAAGCUGGGCAGCACCUGUGUGAGAGAUCAGACUGGAUCAAUAGAUGGAACAACAGUGACGAUCAAUGCAAGUGUCCCUAAAGUUUUCACUGUGACUAUGAGUGAACUGAGGACAAAGAGCAGUGGCUGGCAUUGGUGCGCCAACAGAGACUUACAGAUGCCGGUGCAUUUAACUGUUCAUGAAAUAACCUCAACUACCACAACUAGUACAGCAAACUUUACAGGGACACGUCCAACCACUACCCAGCAUUCCUCCCUGCUUACGAGUACAGAGCCACAUACAGCUCAGCUCACAAACUCUACCAUAAACGGGGCAGGCGGAGAGAUGCAAGAUGAACACAAGAGUUCCACUAAGUUGACCAUUCUCAUCACCACCCUCAUCUUACAGCUGUUGGUUGUUAUUGCUGCCUUUUUUGGAUGGAGGAUGAUAAGACGUAAUAGGACCAAAUCUGAGGGGCCUGAAAUCACUGUGGACUCACAAACUGGGAGUGAUGCUGAUGUUUUCUACGGUACCAUUUUUCAUAAUCAACAUGUAGCAGCCCAGAGGAAGCAGAACUAUUUGCCCGAAGAGAGUGUGACGUACAGUACCAUUGUAAUGAAGGAUAGUGUGCCACAAAUGGAGGAAGAAGAGACAUUUUGCAGUUGCUAUUACAUGUUCAGGACAGGAAGUAGAACAUUUCAGUCCACAUUGCUUUGCCUGACUCUCGGUAACAUGGCUGUUCAUCUCAGAAUUCUUCUCAUCCUCACCGGACUCACAGGAAUUCACAGCAUAACUAUAGUCAGUCAAGUAUCAGUGAAAGUUGGAGAGUCGAUCACUAUCCCAUGUCUCUAUGACUCACAAUACAAAAACCAUGUGAAAUACUUGUGUAAAGGAUAUUAUUGGUCCUCCUGCUCAUAUGCAGUUCAAACAAACCAACCACAGAAUCCAGGAAAGUUUUCAAUCUCUGAUGACAAAAACCAAAGAAUCUUCACUGUGACUAUAAAAGAUCUGACGGAUAAGGAUGCUGAUUACUGGUGUGCUGUGGGGAUUAUUGGGGGGGCAGAUAUCAGAGAGUAUUUUCACCUGUCAGUCACCAGAGGUACGCCCAGUCUCUAUGUGGAUUAUCAGGAGAUUACGGGAUUUAAUGGAGAAAAUAUAACCAUCAACUGUCAAUAUAGUAACUCUGGAGAAGGAAAGUGGUGCAGGCUGGGCAGCUCUUGUGUUUCAAGGCCAUGGGGAUCAAUAGAUGGAACAACAGUGACCAUCAAUACAAGUGUCCACAAUGUUUUUACUGUGACUAUGAGUGGACUGAAGACAAAGAGCAGCGGCUGGUAUUUGUGUGUUAAAGGAGACUUACAGAUGCCAGUGCAUGUAACUGUUACUGAGCAACCUACCACUACCGCUCUUGCAACAACAAGAUGUUUAACCACCAUAUCACCCACUCCUGAACCUGUGAACCCCACCGCUGUUUUUGCAGACAAAGCCCCUAACAUAGUUCAGGAUGAACAGCACAGUGCUUCAAUUGACCUAAAGAGCCUCAUCAUCCCUUUGAGUGUGUUGAUCUUCAUUGUAAUGGUGACCUUGUUCAUCUGGUUUAUGUUGAAAAAGCACCAGCAGAACAAGGCAGCAUCAUCAGCCAUGACAGCGGCUGAAGAGGACGUAACUUACUCUAAUACUGAGCACAUGAGAAAAACAUCAAGACAGGUUGUGGCAAAUGAUGAGAGUGUUACAUACAGCACAUUGGCUUGUAGCACCAGCACAGUUUAGCACAUGUUGAAUAUUUGUAUGUCUAUUUUUUUUAUCUAAUCUUGACUCACAGUGCAGGGGUCUACAUGUAUCGAAACAUCUUAAAUUCAUUCAUCAGUAGCUUGUCAAAUACUUUCCCUAUCCAUGUUUCAGAUUUUAAUGUGUGAAGAUCACUCAGUGUACUGUAUCUCUUAAAUUCACAGUCAUUUCUUAAUUAUUACUUUUUUUCAUCUAUCAAUGUAUCACACACCCUUUACAAAUCAAAAGCUUAUCAGCAUUUUAUACUUCAUGUGUGGUAAUAAGUGCAUUGUUUGAUAGGUGUAUGCUAGAAUAUAUCCAUUCAGGUUCACUGUUAUAAAAGCAUUUAAAUCCU